UAUCAUUGUUCAAGUCAGGUGGUGUCUGUGCUGCAUUCGCAUGUGAUGGAUUCAGACAACGAAGAGUUAGAAGAUUUUCCCCAAAGGAGAACAACAAGAAAGAUGGCUAAAGGCAAGGGAAUGCCCAUCUGUCUGGGUCUCUGCUUCUCCUGCUGCUUGCUCACCUGUGCUGUGAUGGUUGGGUUGGCAUUCUUACUGAAAGUAGAAGAGGAACCACUCAUUGACUCUCAAGUUAGAGAGAGGAUGACCAUACGCAAUGGCUCUGCACUGUACGACCAGCUGCAGCAUCCAGGACUGCCUCUCUGGAAGUCCUUCUAUUUCUAUAACAUCACCAACCCAGUCGAGUGGUCAGAGGGCAAGGCACUGCCGAACAUUACUGAGCUAGGCCCGUACAGUUUUAAGGAGAAUAGGACCAAGUAUAUUCAGUUCCUCACUGAAGAGGAGCUCCACUACAACCAGACCAAGUACUUCCAUUGGGACGGGAACAAAAGCUACCCAAACGCUACACCUAAUGACACGAUAUGCUCCAUCAACAUUCCCAUGGUGGUUGCUAUUUCACAAGAGGAAAAUGCAAACUUUUUUCUGCGUGAAGGAUUGAAGGCUUUAUUCAGUAUUAAAAAAGCUCACAUGUACAUUUGUCAUAAGGCGGUGGACUUGGCCUGGAACUAUACUGACGCACUCGUGAAGGAACUUCAUUCACUAGGAAAGUAUCCGCGCACUUAUGUCAACAUUCAAGUGAACGGGUCGACCAACGAUUCUCAGAUCUCUGCAAUCAACACUGGCGGAGUUGACAUUACAAAACUUGGAGAGCUCAUUCAGUGGGAUGGUCACCAUACCUACCUCGACACCUGGCCUGAGGGUCAGAGCAACAGGGCCAAUCUCAUCCGUGGGAACGAAGGUCUAUUCUUCCGUCCUCUCCUCAAAGAAGGAGACCCUCUCACGGCAUUUAUAGAUGAUGUCCAGCGAUCUUUCGAUCUGGUCUACACGGGCAAAGUGAAGCACUUAAACACUGAGGCAUUCCGUUAUCGAGUGGACAAUAGCACCUUCCAGAGUGCAUUCAACAAUCCUAACAAUGCUCAGUACGGUUCCUGGAAUCCUGAUGGUCUCAUCUACCUCGGCCCAACGCAGUACCCAGUGAUCCCAGUGUAUGGCAGCAAACCUCACUUCCUGGACGGGGACCCAACUCUGAGGGAUUGCUGUACUGGCAUGACCAAACCUGAUAGGGAGAUUCACGAUAUCACACUGGAUGUAGAGCCUACCACUGGUGCUAAUAUACAAGUGAAGCAGAUCCUACAGAUCAAUGUGCAAGUCAACAAGAGCAAGCACUUCGACCAAACUGAGAAGUUGAAGGGCUACAACUUCAAUGAUGGCAACACUCUUUACUUCCCAGUGCUCUGGGUUAGCGAGCAUGCUGAGUUAACUCCGGAGUUUCAGCAGUAUCUUGACGACCAGGGCCUGAGUGAGGUGCAGCUAGUCAGGGAGGCUGCGCCCAUUCUCUUCUGGGUUCUUAUUGCGGUUGGAGUGGUGUGUGCAGUCAUCUCUGCUCUCUCGUGUGUGGGUUAUGUGGUGAGGGCAAGGAGAAGGAUGAGGGGCUCUGACCAGGAGAGGGUCCCACUACUCUACCCACCACAAACCACCAACUAACUGAACCACUGUAUCUCUGUAUCUCUGUAUCUGUGUGUGUGUUGUACUAUAUG